UUGUCGGGGUAGGUUGGUUACGCUGUGCGGCAGCGCUGAGCUGAGCGGGGCUUGUGGUGGGGGACGGCAGUGCGUUUAAAAACCGCCCAGGGGAGACACCGCGUUUACGAGCCCAGAGUUUUGUGUGUGUUUUCCGCGGACUGCCUCCCUCCCUCCUCGGCCCCGGUUCAGUCCGUCCACUGCGGGAUGAGCUGGACGAGAGGAACACGGCAGCACCGGUUCACCUGAAGCAAGUGGACCCUUCCCCGGUUGUUAACCCCCACAAACAUGCGCUGACUUCUCCUCUGAUCUGAGCUGAAGCCGUGUUGUGACUGUUCCUCUGGAGGAGUUCAACACAGAGAAGCUGGUUGUCUCUCUCAGUGAUAGGAUCUCCCAUCAUUUCCAGCAGCAGCAGCAGCAGAGGCUUCUUCCUCCUCCUCCGCCUCCUCCUCUUGUUCCUCGGAGCCUCCAGGUCGCGUGGAGGCCGGUGCUGGUGCAGCUGGUGCCGGGCUGAGAAGAUGGGACUACCUGCCCUGGAGUUCAGUGACUGCUACCUGGACAGUCCUCAGUUCAGGGAGAGACUCAAGUCCCACGAGCUGGAGCUGGAUAAGACCAACAAGUUCAUCAAGGAGCUGAUCAAAGAUGGGAAAGCUCUCAUCCAGGCUCUGAAAUGUCUGUCGACGGCCAAGAGGAAGUUUGCCGACUCUCUCAACGAGUUCAAAUUCCAGUGUAUUGGAGAUGCCGAGACGGACGAUGAGAUAUGCAUAGCCAAGUCUCUUCAGGAGUUUGCAGCGGUUCUGCAGAACCUGGAGGACGAGAGGACACGGAUGAUCGAGAACGCCAGCGAUGUUCUGAUUAUGCCUCUGGAGCGGUUCAGGAAAGAACAGAUCAGUGCAGCAAAGGAAGCCAAGAAGAAGUACGACAAAGAGACAGAGAAGUAUUGUGCCGUGCUGGAGAAACAUCUGAGCCUCUCAGCACGGAAGAAAGAGUCACAUCUACAUGAAGCGGACAACCAGGUCGAUAAUGUACGGCAGCACUUCUACGAGGUUUCUCUGGAGUAUGUCUUCAAGGUGCAGGAGGUCCAGGAGAGGAAGAUGUUCGACUUUGUGGAGCCGCUGUUGGCGUUUCUCCAAGGCCUGUUCACCUACUAUCACCACGGUUACGAGCUGGCAAAGGACUUCAGUCACUUCAAGACUGAUCUCACUAUCAGCAUACAGAAUACGAGGAAUCGCUUUGAGAGCACACGGUCGGAGGUGGAGAGUCUGAUGAGGAAGAUGAAGGAGAAUCCACACGAUCACAAGAGUGUCAGCCAGCACACCAUGGAAGGAUACCUGUUCGUACAGGAGAAGCGCUCAUUUGUAUCUACCUGGGUGAAGUACUACUGUACGUACCAUCGGGAGCCCAAGAGGGUGACCAUGGUUCUGUUUGACCCUAAAUCAGUAGGGAAAAUGGGAGAAGAGGAGAGCUUCAUCUUAAAGUCCUGCACCAGGAGGAAGACAGACUCCAUAGAAAAGAGGUUUUGUUUUGAUGUGGAGGCUGUGGACAGGCCGGGUGUGAUCACCAUGCAGGCUCUGUCAGAAGAGGACCGCAGGUUGUGGAUGGAGGCCAUGGAUGGGAGAGAACCGGUAGGUUACCAUGGUAUCAAUGAGCAGGGCCUGUACAGAAUCGUUGGUGUCAACUCCAGAGUACAAAAACUACUGAGCUUCGCGAUGGAUCCAAAGACGUGUGCUGACGUGGAGCUGGAAAACCCAGAGUGGGAGAUAAAGACCAUCACAAGUGCAAUCAAGCACUACCUCAGGAUGCUGCCCGCGCCUCUCAUGACGUACCAGUACCAGAGGAGCUUCAUCAAAGCUGCCAUUCUGUCUAACCCCUUCAACAGUGUGGCCAGUCAUGACCAGCAGAACCUGAUGACCAUCGCUAACCUGGGUGUGGUCUUCGGGCCAACUCUGCUCCGCCCCCAGGAGGAGACGGUGGCGGCCAUUAUGGACAUCAAGUUCCAGAACAUUGUGGUGGAGAUCCUCAUAGAGCACCAUGAAAGGAUAUUCAAGAACGUGCCGAGUUCUGCAGGAGGUUCGACCAACCCGCAGCUUAACAUGUCCAGGAGAAAGAGCACUGACAGCAAAGCACCCUCCUGCAGUGAGAGGCCUCUCACACUCUUUCACACACCAACACAUUCACAGAAAGGUGAAAAGAGGAACAGUGUUGCCAGUGCCACAGCCAACGAGCUGCAGCAGCCGGUCUCCUCCUCCUCUGCCAACUGUAACAGCAGCAGUAGUAGCAGCAGCAGCAGCCAAGGCCGAACCCCAAGACACAGCCUGACCAGCAACGACGGAGAGCAAGACACGCGGCAGAUCCGCCCCAGUUCACUGCUGAACCCAAAAGGUCGUGGCAGCAUCCCAACCCAAAGUGCAACGUCUCCCAGCCCCACCUCACCACGUUCUCCCUCCUGGCCGAUGUUCUCUGCCCCGUCGAGUCCUCAGCCAACGUCCUCGGCCUCCAGUGACUCCUCUCCCAGCAGCAUUGUGGGCAGGAAGGCUCGGGCGCUGUAUGCCUGCAAGGCAGAGCAUGACUCUGAGCUGUCGUUCAUCGCUGGAACCAUCUUUGAAAACGUUCAUGGCUCCAGGGAGCCGGGUUGGCUUGAAGGGACUCUGGAUGGUCGAACGGGACUGAUACCGGAAAACUAUGUGGAGUUUUUAAAGACUACGUAGUUUCUGGAAUCAGGUCUGAAUCGUAAAAUACUGGACCAGAUACCGGAUUUGACUGCACAAGACUGGACAGACAUUAGCUCGCAUACUGUAGCGGACCGGACCGUUGUUAGAGAACUGAAACUGGACCAAGCAGAACCAUAUCAAAUGGAUGUGAUGCAGAAGUGAGGCGGAGCGGACUGGGCAGAGACCCAUGAAUUGCACUGGAAAAAAAAAAAAAAAAUCCCUGUGUGGUUUGGAUGUUAUUGGAUUAGUGUGGAUGACCCCAAGUCCUGAUGAUGAUGUAAUAUGUGUGGAGAGAAAAGUGUAUACGUGUGUGUGUGUGUGUGUGUGUGUGUGUGUGUGUGUGUGUGUGUGUGUGCGUGUGCAUGUGUGUGAUAUCUGGGGUUGAUAUUUCUGAGCUCUGAGGCUUGUGAUUAUUUUUCAGCCCUUGCUUUAUUAUUUCGAGCUUCAGCAUCUCCUCUUAUUUUAUCAUCUCCAAACAGAAAAGCACGAUUGAGCGUUUAAACGCAGAUUUGAAUGAUCCGGUUUGUGCUCAACGGCUUUGAUAUGUGUCCUUGCGUGCACUUUUCCGUAGCAGGCGGUUUAUUCCCCAGAACAAGACUCGACCUGGCUAAUGUUUCUGAGCAGGAACCCCAAGGCAGAUCAGCAACGGGAUGAGGUCACCUGGAAAACAGUCUGGCCAAAGGUCAGCAUUCGGUUUCAGCUUUAUUUUUGUAAAUCAGGCCUCUCUCCCUUCAGAGCCCUCAAGAAAAAUGUGAAAAAUCAUUGGUUCACAACGCAGCAAAGGAGAAAACAACGGAUUCUGUUAAAACAAGCCCAGCUGGGAGACCUUGCUCCGUUUCCUCAGGCUCCGUUUUUUUGGAUUACUGGAAAUAACUUGAUCCUGUAUCAUAUAUAGUUUAGAGUCAUGUUUGCACUAUUUCAAUACAUUCUGGGAAUUCUCAUCAAACAGGAUGUUGUUUUUUUUCCACAUCACAGAGCACUGGUGUUCCAAAACACCACUGGUCUGUUUCAGCCUCACUUCAGAAAUACACGUGAACGAUCAUGUGUAUUUAUUUGAAGCUCGGGUGGUUUUCUUCAUGUCGUAGCCAUCACACAGAUUAUGUCAGUUCCUUUUUGUUUUGCUCCGGAUGCUUUAAUCUCAGCUUGUGAGGUUUGGAAGUAAGAAUGUGACUCAGUUAUCUUGUGUACAUUAUCACGCACCACAACCCCCUUUGUUUUUGUAUUCGUGCACAAUCACGACAAUGCUAAUAGUGUAAUUGUGUGAAGAAGACUGUCAUUUAUGUUUGGGUCUGGUGUUUAUAGACAAGACGUUCAUUCUCAAGAAAAUGAAAUGCAGAUGUGUCUUUUCAGAGACACAGAAAAAAGAAAUCAUUGAAUUUUUCAGAUACAUGUGUGAAAGCUGAUCUGCGUUGGGGCUCCAAUGAAUCUCCUCCCUUCAUGAGUCAAAAUGAAACUUUUUCCGUCAACCACUUGAUGAACAUCUGCAUCGACUCUUCUGGAAAAAAAGAAAACGAUUUUCAUUGAACUUUUCGGACAAAAUAUUGAAAAACUUUUGUUCCAUAUUAACAGAAAGUUUUAAAAAUGUGAAAUGAGACUACUUUGUUCAUCUAAACUUCUUAUUUAUGAGACUUUCCUGAACUGUGUUCUUUUUGAGGUGUUUUAUUGACAUUGUAAAUAAAUUCACAAACAUUUGAUAAGGUAUAAUUUUUUAAGUCUGAAAUUUUAUAUUUUGUAUUUUUAGCCUACUAACUUAAUUCCUUCUUUGUUGCCCAACAUUUUGUAUCAUUUAAGUCUAUCUACAGCCUUAAAUAUUCCUUCAGAUGUUUUGGUGAAUUGAUGAGCAUGAGCAGAAUUAAAGACAAAUG